UAAAAUAUGUAUUUAUGUUAAACUGUUUAAAGAAUAAAAAAAAAAAAAAAAUGUUUUUGCAAACAUUAUACAAUGAAUAAUGUUGUUUAAAAUUCUGAUGAAACAAGAAAAGAGCAAAGAACAUAAAUAAACGAUUCGGUUGAAUGCGGGCACGUAUGUGUUUGUUGAUUUCAAAACUGACCAUAAAAAUCAAAUUAAUUCAUAGAAAGGAUGAAAUAUAUAUAUAUAUAUAUAAAAAAAAAACUAACUUUUUAAAUUUAUAUAUAAGUAUAUGAGAAAUUUAUAAGACAUUUAAUUAAAACAAAAUAAUGAGAUUUAUACAUUGACGUGCACGUUGACUAUGAUAUUUUACAUAAUAUUACACAUUUCAAAUUUAAAUAAACUUAACGUAAACAUGCGUGUAUGAUCUUAAUAACACUUAUUAAUAAAAAAAUAAAAAAAUAUCAAUAAAUCGUUCAUAAAAAAAAAAAAAAAAAAAAACUUAUCUGGAGUGGAGCCUUGAUCGUAAAAUUAUGCACAUUUCUAAUUGAUAAAAAAAAUAUUAGAAAAAAAAAAAAAAACAAACAAAUACAAACUAAAUGAGUAAUAAUAAUACCCAUAAUAAUACCCAUAAUAAUACCCAUUCAUUAUUGUAAGAUAUUUAAUGAUCAAGAAUAUUUCAAAACUCUGUUACGGUACAUAAAUUAACAAUAAAUUAAUUUAAAAUAAAAAACAAAUUAUAAAUGAAUCUUGAUGUAUGCCAUAAUAGAAAAAAAAAAAGCACUGAGCAAAGUUUUUAAUGUCAAGCAAAUGAAGGGUUGUAAGGGGAAGAAAAAAAUAUAUAAAGAAAUAAUACUGCAAAAAGCGGUAAUAGGCUGAAGAAAAAAAAAAAAUCUAAAGUAAGUACAGUGGGCAAAGAAUUGUUUCGUCAUAUUAAGGUGGUGGUACAUUCAAGGUUUAUACGUUUCAUCGUUAUAUUCGAACUCCUCAGUCUAUCGCUUUCUCUGACACAGAGAACCUGUCCGAUCCAGGUCAAAAUAUACGUAAAACUCUACUUUAACAUCUUGUGCUUGAGAUAAAUUAAUUAGAUUAUUUUAUAAUAUAAAAUGUCGUGAGAUGUAUUCAUAAAUGAUGAAAGAAGUUGUAAUAUUUUUGUGUAAAAAGAACAAACAUUUUCUUAAAACAAAGCAUACUUGUGUUUUAUAGUUUUUCAAAAUCAUCGUUCUUCCUGUAACAGAUGAAAAUGUUUUAUUGAUAUUAUUUGAAAAUGUUAUCAUUGGAUAACAACGAGCUGCUAAUUCAAAUACAUGAAAAGGAUAUUAAUAUUGAACAAAAAAAUGUUAACAAAUAAUUCAAAUAAUCUCAAGAAAAAAUCCAAUAAGAUAUUUUUUUGAUUUACUUUUAACAAUCCUGUUUGUGAGGAACUUAAUCAUUUUAAAAAAAUAUCACAUUUUUGGACAAAAGGAAAAGAUUAAUACACCUAUUCAAAAGUUUAUGUGAUUUUUAUUGAAUAUCUUUGAUUCAACGAUAAUAAUAAUAUUGCAUCUAUCUAUCUAUCUAUCUAUCUAUCAUCUUUAUAUUAUCCAAAAUUAAGAUUAAAUAAUCAUGGAUCUCGAUGCAACAGCAACAGCUGCAAUACAAGCAAAUACGGUUGCACUUGGUAUUGGAAAAAUAAGUAUCGUACCAUUCCUAAUAGCUGCUUUAACUUAUUUCAAUUAUUAUCUAAUGGAUCCAGAAAAUCAACCAAGAGUAACGAAAAAUUUAUUGAAGGAAUACGAUUUUGUAAUAAUCGGUGGUGGUUCAGCCGGUAGUGUUAUUGUUAAUCGAUUAACGGAGAAUCCAAAGUGGAAUGCACUUCUUCUAGAAGCAGGUGGUCAUGAAACCGAGAUCACGGACGUACCAAUUUUGUCACUUUAUUUACACAGAAGUAAAUUGGAUUGGAAGUAUAGAACUCAACCGCAAGAUACUGCUUGCCAAGCAAUGAAUGAUCAUCGUAGUUGUUGGACUCGAGGAAAAGUGUUAGGUGGUUCAAGCGUACUUAAUACCAUGCUCUAUGUACGUGGAAAUCGCCGUGAUUAUGAUCAAUGGGAAAGCUUUGGAAAUACUGGCUGGGGAUACGACGAUGUACUACCAUAUUUUAAAAAGUCACAGGACCAAAGAAACCCGUAUUUAGCAAGAAACACUAAAUACCAUAGUACAGGUGGUUAUCUAACCGUUCAAGAUGCUCCAUAUAAUACACCACUGGCUCCAGCAUUUCUUCAAGCUGCAGAAGAAAUGGGUUAUGACAUCGUGGAUAUAAAUGGUGAACAACAAACAGGUUUCGCAUUCUUUCAAUAUACAAUGCGUAGAGGUACUAGAUGCAGUGCAGCCAAGGCAUUCAUACGACCUAUUCAAUUACGACCAAAUUUCCAUUUAUCAUUAUGGAGCCAUGUUACACGUGUUCUUAUAGACCCAAGCACAAAAAGAGCCUAUGGCGUAGAAUUUAUUAGAAAUGGUCGUAUCGAAACCGUAUUCGCAAGAAAAGAAGUUAUACUUUCAGCAGGUGCCAUAAAUACUCCACAAUUGUUAAUGUUAUCUGGUAUCGGACCUAGGAAUCAUCUCGAAAGUCUUGGUAUCCCAGUGAUUCAAGAUUCACCCGGUGUCGGACAAAAUCUUCAAGAUCAUAUAGCAGUUGGUGGUAUAACUUUUUUAAUUGAUUACGAGGUCAGUUUAGUUUUUCCUCGUUUAGUGAACUUCAAUAGUGCAUUAAGAUAUGCAAUUACCGAAGAUGGUCCUUUAACCUCAAGCGUUGGUAUUGAAGUAGUAGGCUUUCUAACCACUAAGUAUGCCAAUCAAACUGAUGAUUGGCCCGAUAUAGAGUUUAUGGUUACUUCCACCACGGUUAACAGCGGUGGGAGCCAAGUGAAAUAUGCUCAUUGUGUAACAGAUGCAUUUUACGAUGAAGUCUUUGGAGAGAUAACCAAUCGUAAUGGUUUUGGUAUAUUCCCAAUGAUGCUCAGACCUAAAUCACGUGGUUAUAUCAAAUUGAAAUCGAAAGAUCCACUUGAUUAUCCAUUGAUGUACCACAAUUAUUUAACGCAUCCCGAUGAUGUGAAUGUUUUGCGAGAAGGAGUCAAAGCAGCAAUUGCAUAUGGUGAAACGAGUAGUCUCAAGAGAUUCGGAUCAAGAUUUCAUAGUAAACCAUUACCAAAUUGUAAACAUAUUCCAAUGUUCACGGACGAGUAUUGGGAAUGUGCUAUUCGUCAAUACACAAUGACAAUUUAUCACAUGAGCUGUACUGCAAAAAUGGGUCCACGAUCUGAUCCAAUGGCCGUCGUAGAUCCUUCCUUAAGGGUAUAUGGAGUGGAAGGGCUUCGUGUAAUCGAUGCUUCAAUCAUGCCCACCAUAACUAAUGGCAAUAUCAAUGCACCUGUGAUGAUGAUAGCUGAGAAGGGUUCAGACCUCAUAAAAAAGGAUUGGAUAUCCAGAAAUAUAAGAAGCAAUGCGACUAUCUCAAAUACUUUUAAUUAAUAUUAAAUAAUUUAGAUAGUUCAUUAAAUAAUUAUAAAAUAUGUAUUUUUUUUUUUUAUCAUUGUGGUGUCUAAAAUCAUUACAAAAACAGGUAGAAAGUUGUAAAGACUUGAUUUUGUUAAGUUUUAUGUUUCCUAUUCAUUGUUCUAUUGUUAAGAUGUUUUAAAUCAAAAGAUUACUU